CGGUGGCUCCUCCGACGGCCCUGCCUCCCGGGAGGAGCUCUGGACGGAAGGGCUUGGGCUGGAGGACGCAGCAGCAGCAGCAGCAAGCAACAACCAGCAUGGCUGCAGCCUGCAAGAAGAUCGCCAUCUUCGGGGCCACCGGCAUGACCGGCUUGGCUACCUUGGCCCAAGCCAUCGAGGCUGGUUACCAGGUGACGGUGCUGGUGCGAGACCCCAUUCGUCUCCCUCCAGAGCUCCAACCAGCGCAUGUAGUGGUGGGAGAUGUGCUGAACCUGUCGGAUGUUGACCGAGCCAUAAAGGGCCAGGAUGCUGUGAUUGUGAUCCUGGGCACCCGGAAUGACCUCAGUCCCACCACUAUGAUGUCCGAAGGUACUCGGAACAUUGUGGCAGCCAUGAAAUCCCAUGGCAUCCGCAAAGUGGUGGUUUGUCUUUCAGCCUUCCUCAUGUGGGAUUUGGACAAAGUGCCUGCCAAGCUGCGGCCGGUGACAGAAGACCACAUCCGGAUGCAGCAGAUCCUGAAGGAGUCGGGGCUAGACUGUGUCUAUGUCAUGCCACCCCACAUUGCAGGUGACCAGCCCCUCACAGGUGACUACACAGUGACUGUGGACACCUCCAGUGGAUCCAGAGUGAUCUCCAAACAUGACCUCGGGCACUUCUUCCUCAAGUGCCUCACCACUUCGGAGUACGACGGGAAAAAUGUCUACCUCUCCAGGCAUUACCCCAAAGAAUGAUGCCAGCUGCUGUGCCCUUCUCUCUCCUUCCACCCUCCACCUCCUUCCAGGAUGGAGGAUGAAGGGCUCCCUUCUCAUUGAUAAAGGGAAAUUCUCAGUUGCUUUGCUUUUUCCGUUCCCUGCCAUGUGACUCCCUCUCUCUGCCUUUUGUGCUCUUCAGUGCCUUUCUCCCAUUAACAUGAACCCUGGAGAUGAAAAAGGACCCAUCCAGCACCCUUCAGUGUCAAGAAUUUAUAUGACCACCAUUGCAUGUCAACAUUUCUGGUUGUGGGGACAGAACCGAGUGUGUCACACUCCUGACCAUGUUGUGCUUUGUGCCGUGAUUUGGGGCUACAACUUACUGUCAAGGAGAGGAAAGAGCUGUUGCAUGUUUUGGGUGUGGGGAGUAAGCGAACAAGUUGUUAUUUGCCUAGACCAGCACAAAAUGUAAAGGUUUUAGACUUACACACAACUAAAGCAGGCAGAACACUCAGAACAAAAUAGCCAAGACUUGCCUAUCAGAAGAGUAACGUUUGUGUCAUUGUUGUAAAUCUCCGAGUUUUUACUUCACUGGAAGUGAAGCAAUUAAUAAAUGCAUUUUAAAAAGAUUACCAACCAAUGCAAAGUGCUACAUUUGUUUUGGACUGGAAAUGCAUUCAUGUUCACCAGUUACCCUGCUCUGUUUGCAGCUGAGAAAUACUCUCAUCUUCCUUGCUGAAGAAGACUUCUGUGUAACUUGAAAGUAUACAUACUUGUAACAGUCAAUUGAAUAAAAAAAGUAUAUUUUGACCUA